AUGGCUUCAACAGUCCUCUACCGGUCGUUCCACCCGCUCAUGCGGAGCGCUCGCUCGCCCAUCCUCUCCAGCGCCCGUCCGAACCCAACGCUCCUUCUCCGGCGCUCGGUGCCGAAAGUCCGAUUCUACAGCAGCAGCAACACUACCGCUGCGCCGGCACCGUCGCUGUCGCAGCGCCUCAAGGCGCUUUCGAAGGAGUACGGAUACUCGGCGCUCGGUGUGUACCUGGCAUUGUCUGCGCUCGAUUUCCCAUUCUGUUUUCUGGCGGUGAGGUAUCUGGGGACCGAGCGGAUCGGGCGCUGGGAGGAGGCGGCGGUUGGGUUCGUGAAGCCGUAUUGGACGAUGCUGAGACAUAGUGUGGGGUUUCCCGCGGCGGAGAAGGUGACUGCGGAGGGGGAGGAGGUGCAUGGGAGGUGGGAGGAGGUGGAGGGUGCGGAGAGGGAGGUCGAGAGGAGUGCUAGUCUCUGGACGGAGCUGGCACUCGCAUAUGCGAUCCACAAAUCCUUCAUCUUCAUCCGAGUCCCGUUAACUGCGGCCGUUACUCCAAGGGUUGUCAAGGUGCUCAGAGGCUGGGGAUGGGAUAUUGGUAAGAAGGGAAAGCCAAAGAUCGGAAAGAUCCCCGGUAAGAAGUCGGAUUAG